CCUCAUUCAGGGGCAGACUGAAAGGGAGGGGAAGAAAGAGAGGGAGAGAAAAAGGAAGCAGUCUGCUAUACAUUUUUUUUCUCCACACACUGAAACUUUCAAAAAGAGAAAAGACGAUAAGAGCCGGUGAGGAUCAACCGAUUGGGAAUGAGAGCGAGAAAUAAAGAAAUAGGGAGGAAUAACACUAACCUGACACUGAGUAUACUGCACAACUGAUGAGAACAUAAAAUAUUACGUGUUUGAGGCCUUGAGGCCUUCAUUGACCAAGGAGGGAGAGCAGGUGGGCACUUCUGGUCCUGGAGGGUUGCAGUGUGUACAGGCUUUUAUUCCAACCCUCAGAGCCCUGACAGAGAGAGAGAGAGAGCAUGUCUUCUAACUUGGACUCCAGUCUAACCAGCAUAGACUGGCUCCCCCAGCUGGGAAUCAGCUCACUGCGAUCAGGAAGAGAGAGAGGAGGAGAAGAGGGGGAGAGAAAGAAAGAGAGAGGGAGGGAGAGAAGUGAUCUUCCUCCCCCCAUCCCUGCCCCCUUUCCUUCCUCUGGAUCCAAAGCCAAGCCCCCUCACAGCUAUGCCACCCUCAUCGCCAUGGCGAUAGGCGCAGCCCCCGGCAGGAAGUUGAGUUUGAAUGACAUCUACAUGUGGAUCAGUGACAUGUUCCCCUACUACAGCAGAUCUGGCAGGGGAUGGAAGAACUCCAUCCGCCAUAACCUGUCCCUCAAUAAAUGCUUCCGGAAGGUUCCUCGACCCCAAAGUGACCCUGGGAAGGGUUCCUAUUGGAUGAUGGACGGCCCCUCAGAGCCCAAUCCGCUGAGAGGAACCAAGCGUCCGUAUCCAGCUGAAGAGGAGGAGGGGUCCAUCCAGGUCCCCAAUGUCUCAGUGAUGCAGGCAGAGAAACAGCAUUCACCCCAGACAGACCAUUAUAGGCCUUUAGCAUCUCCACAGACAGACCAUUAUACGCCUUUAGCAUCUCCACAGACAGACCAUUAUAGGCCUUUAGCAUCUCCACAGACAGACCAUUAUAGGCCAUUAGCAUCUCCACAGACAGACCAUUAUAGGCCUUUAGCAUCUCCACAGACAGACCAUUAUAGGCCUUUAGCAUCUCCACAGGAACCCAGUCAACAACUAUCCCCCCCACCAUGCAAGGUAGAGUAAGUUCAGUCCCAACAAAUGUAUCCAGUAGAUUGAUAAAGAUCAUGGGUUUUACAACCAAAUAACAAGCUGUUGUUGUCUAUCACCUUGGUUCCACAGCAACGGCCACCCUAUAUGCAGUCCCCUGUCUCCUCUCUCCCUGUCCUCCAUGAGACUGUCUCCCCAUCUACUGCCUCUGCUACUCUCCCCUCUCUUUCUGUCCCUCACUCUCUCCCCUC